AUGGAUGAGUGCCAGGAGGCGGUGGAGGAGUGGAUGGAGCCGGGGCCCGGCAACUCCCCUAAGGCCUGCCCGCCCGCCCAGGCCGGCCAUGGCCCCAGCAGACGUGAGGGCAGGCCCAAACACGAGGGCAGGUCCAAGUCGCUGAACCCCCGAGACCAAGCACCCUGCCGACACCCAGAGGAGCUUCAAGACCAAGACCAAGACCUCGGAGGAAAGGCCCAAUUGGCCCCAAGAGGAGGUAAGAUUCUGGCUGGCCCUGGAGAAGAAAGUGAGGGGCUGAGAGCAAAGGCAUCUGUGCAGCCCCCAAGUCAGAACGUGAGUCAGUUCCCCAUGCGUUCAAUUAUGCAUGAAGUCCCGGCCACUCCUGUUCACCCGUCAGAUGCCGUAGUAAAUGCCGAGGAAAUCUUGUUGAGGCUGAUUGGCAGCCAGGGCUCCCAACAGACACGCAGCCCCCAGCAGAGCUUGGGUCCUUCACCUGCUUGCUCUGGAUCUGCUCCUGUGGGGGUGGUCCCUGAGACUGUUGCCCCUCCCCAGGUGGUUUCAGUCAGUCAUAGGGCUCUGGUAUACGCCGGCAAGUGCAGACAGCUGCAGCCAGUGGUUGGGACAGCCCAGCGGCGAGGGUCAGUGACCCAAGUGCAUUUCACAGGGGCGGUUGA